GAACCCAUUAUAGAUUACAUGACAGGUGGUCAUUAUCACUGGUACAUGCAGUUGCAGUAACUAGCCCUACUUGGACAUGAUUUUUAAAAAAUGAUUCGUUUGUAGAAAUGUUCUCUGUUAUGCAUGCAUUCAUCUGAAGGCCUCGUUCUCCAGGGAUCGAUCCAGUGUUUUUCUGUCCUGUGCUCACAGGAAUGAAAGCUCCUUGGGAAUCACACAGGUAGAGGGAUGCCUUUCAUCUUCUAGAUUUCGGCCGGCAGAAAUCUUUAUUGGAGCUCGAACAGCCUUAUCUUCUCUCCUUCGCUCUCCCUGUGCGCCCUCCCGCUCUAGAGCAAGCCUACUGUAUUUCUGCUGCAGAGUGGGGCGUGUGACGUCAACGAAUGCUGGAGCGGCUCCUUGGCUCGAGCGAGAAAUGGGGAGAAAAUUCCGAGGGCCAAAGGUUCAUGGUGAGGCAGAAGUAACGGUGACGAGGAACAAAUCUACAACCUAAGAAGAUUCUGAAUCUGCGGGUUUGGGUUUGUGUGUGUCAGACUGUCAGUAUGUGUGAUGGCGUGAAUGGCCUUUGGUCUAAUUCUCGCCUCCCUCAGACAUCUGUCUUCCUUCUCGCCCUCAUCUAACUCUCACCACCACCAUUUUUGUACCAUGAGAGGACCCGCCCAGUACUCCGUGAGUAGUACGCCCGCGGCGUGUCUGCGCCGCUGUGCCGCGUGAGGGGCCCCCCGCCGGCCUUUCGCGGAAUGGCUUCUUUGGACCUGCCCUACCGCUGUCCUCGUUGCGGGGAGCACAAACGCUUCCGGUCGCUGUCCUCCCUCCGCGCCCACCUGGAGUACAGCCAUACCUACGAGACGCUCUACGUGCUCUCCAAGUCCAACAGCGUGUGUGACGCCGCUGCACUACUCCCCCUGGUGGCCGACGGAGACCUUCUCCUCGCUCCUUCUGCCCCCGGCGGCAACCGCAGCAACAACAACGACCCCUUCGACGGACUUCAACUCCGGUCGUCCGCCUUCAGGGACUUCAAGGAGCGUCGCUUCCCGUGCCGCGAGCUUCCCUGUCCCGACGACCUCGGCGGUUUGUCCACAACGUCCAACGCCGCGGCUCUCUACAUCCCCAAUGUAGAGUUCCCCCUGGGGGAGAUCUUUGUGAAGAAAGCCAUGAGUGCAGCCGGUGACCAUCACGGUUCCCACAGCAACCAAAGCACGGCCGUGGCGGUGGCGGCGAAUGUGGCGGCGAGCGCAGUGGAGGCGGCCUAUGAGGAGGGUCUGGCCAGGCUGAAGGCAAGGGCCUUUGAGCGUCUGGAGCUGGACGAGAGGCUGGAGAAACUCUCAGAGGAGGUGGAGCAGAAGAUAGCUGCACGCGUGGGCCGGCUGCAGACGGAGCUGGAGAGGAAGAGCGGCGAGCUGGAGCGGGCCAAGCAUGAGAGCGAGCGGCUGGGCCAGGAGAAACAGGACCUGGAGGACAAGGCAUCGGAGCUCUCCCGCCAGGUGGAUGUUUCGGUGGAGAUGCUGGCCAACCUCAAGCAGGACCUGGUCAGCAAGGAGGAGGAGCUCACCCACAAACAACAGGAGGUAACCCAGAUAGACCAGUUCCUCCAGGAGACGGCGGCGCGGGAGGCCAACGCCAAGGUGCGCCUGCAGCAGUUCAUCGAGGAGCUCCUGGACCGUGCCGACCGUGCCGAGAAACAGCUGCAGAUCAUCAGCAGCUGCGGGACCACGCCCAACGGCAGCAUGGGACGCUGCAGCCUGCCCGGCACCAACAAGGGCUCCAACAAUGGACGCCAGAGGAACUCCAGUAUCUCUGGGACGUCUAGGGGCAUGUACCAGGUCUCUGACCGACGAUCCUCUCCCAGCACCGGAGCGUCGGGCCGGGUCAAGUCCUGCUCCCAGGGCUCGGGCGGGGGCUACGACAGCGGCGACAGCGUGGAGAUGCACCCCAUGGAAGAGUGCCCCGAGGGCCAGUACUACCACGUCCAGUGUCGGCUGGGGGAAGGGGGCGGACAGUGCUACGAGAGGGCCGGGGUGUCCCGGAGCUGGGGGCUCCGCAAGCAGGCCAUCCAGAACUGGCAGCGGCGACCCUACCGGAACAGCACGGAGGGGGAGGAGGGCGACGUGUCGGACGUGGGCUCCAGGACUACCGAGUCGGAGGCGGAGAUGUGGGAGCAGCAGGAGAGGAGGGCCACCAUGGCUGAGACGCAGCAGUCUGGAGCACCGAGACAAUCUGGGUACCGCCAAGGCACAGGCCGUUCCGAGGGGGGCUACCGCCACAACAAGCCGUGUCGCCACGACAAGAGCCCAUCCCGGUCCAACAGCGAGGUGAUCAGCCCGGAGAUACUGAAGAUGAGGGCGGCUCUGUUCUGUAUCUUCACCUACCUGGACACCAAGACCCUGUUGAGGGCCGCGGAGGUCUGCAGGGACUGGAGGUUUGUGGCCCGCCACCCUGCCGUGUGGACCCGGGUGCUGCUGGAGAACGCCCGCAUCUCCUCCAAGUUCCUGAGUACACUGUCCCAGUGGUGCACCCAGACCCAUUCCCUCAUCCUCCAGAACCUCAAACCACGACAGAGGGGCAAGAAGGAGAUCAAGGAGGAGUAUCUCAAGAGCACACGUGGUUGUCUGGAGGAGGGCCUGGAGUCCUUGCUGAAGGCUACAGGAGGGAACCUGUUGAUCCUCAAGGUGUCUCAUUGUCCCAACCUGCUAACUGACCGCUCCCUGUGGCUCGCCAGCUGCUACUGCCGAGCCCUGCAGGCCGUCACAUACAGGAGUGCCACAGACCCUGUAGGACAGGAGGUGAUCUGGGCUCUAGGAGCCGGCUGUAGAGACAUCAUCUCUCUCCAGGUGGCACCACUACAUCCAUGCCAACAACCGGCUCGCUUCAGCAACCGAUGCCUGCAGACCAUUGGCCGAUGCUGGCCACACCUCAGAGCCCUGGGCGUGGGCGGGGCAGGGUGUGGCGUUCAGGGACUAGCCUCAUUGGCGAGGAACUGCAUGCGUCUGCAGGUGUUGGAGCUGGACCAUGUGAGUGAGGUCAACCAGGAAGUGGCAGCUGAGGUGUGCAGGGAGGGUCUGAAGGGCCUGGAGAUGCUGGUCCUCACCUCCACCCCGGUCACCCCUAAGGCACUGCUAUACUUUAACAGUGUGUGUCGUAACCUGAGGUCCAUCGUGGUGCAGAUCGGGGUAGAGGACUACUUCGAGGACCCCAACAGCCCUGAGGCUAGGAAGCUGUUUGACGAGAGGGUGAACAAGCUGCAGGGCUUGAAGAAGAGACCGGGCUUCUCCAAAAUUCUGCACGUGAAGGCGGACAUCCUCUGCUAACCCCAUCCACCACCCAGAACCCCCAAAGAAGAAGGGUCGGCCAUUUUGUUUCCAGACACACCAACACAACCGACCUAGUCAUUUGUAACCCCUUGACGCGACGCGAGGACGAAACAGCCUGAAGUACCAGUCAGCCAACACACACAUGUAACUGAAGAGGAAAUUCAGCAACAUGAUUCUUUAUUGUUAAAAAUAAAAACCAAUGUGUUUUUAGCUCUUAGCCUUGACUAAAAGACAGACACCACAGACAGACACUCCAUAGACCACUACAAUGCCAAUUGGAGAGAUGCAAUGCAGUACAGAACAGAGGAUAGACAAGACAAGAGGCCUGGUCAACACGUUACCCUGGAGCAUACAAACCCAGUGGAAAUUCUCAUAAAGGGACCAAACCCUCCUUUACCAUAGACGUACUAGAGAGCUCAUCUCCUAUCUUUUCAAUGGCUGCUUUUUUGACCAAAUGGGCAGCACCAUUGAGGGCUAUCUCUAUUUUUAAAGUAGUACAUUUUGUGUGUCCUCUAUCCAACUCUAUGGUGGGGUAAAGUGUAGUAAACACAUCAUCAGGCUGGUAACAAGACCAGGGGCCCCUAAGUCUCUGCGAAAACUAACAGGGACCAUGUUUGUGACUUGCUGACCUUCCAAACAGAUUUGAAACAUAAACUCUAUUGGACUUUGUAGAUGCCGUAAUCUCGGCGGGCAUUUUUAUUUCAACUGAGAAAAGAGCUGUAAGCUGGGGGAUGGAUGUCAUGAAGGAGCAGGCUCUUGUUCUCUAUUCACGAGAGCAUUUGCAGAGAAUGUGUCUGGGAUGCUUUUUUUUUUAAUCAAGAUGCUCAACAGCACAUAUUCUGUGGAAAUGCACAUGAGCAGUAAAGCAGAUGUAGGGAUGGACGGUGUGUGAUUUUUGACCCUGUCCUGAGCCAGAGGAGUAAGUUAAAAUAGACCCUCAACUCCCAACGUGUGUGUGUGUGUGUGUGUGUGUGUGUGAUGCAUGACAUACCAGCUUCAGACUUGGUCAAACAUAAAACGUGAAGAUAUCUUGUCACCUUUUAGAUUUUUUUUUAUUCCAAGGUCUUUAUCAGCCGCUCCAUGGUGUGGUCGCCAUGGGAACAGUGCAGUUCCCAUCUUCAGCAAGAUCAUCAGCGGAGCACAGUCUCUCACACACUUGGAUUUUCAGCUGUCUGCGGAACUCUUACAGUAUCUGUAGGCCGGCUGGUCCAUAAGGCAGCUACUGUUUAUUUUGUCUUUAAACAGGGUUGCAAAUGGAUUCCUUUUGCCUUUUAUUUCAGAAAUGAUGACGUUCAUAGCUGUGUGUGUUCUAUCUUUCCUAAAGUGUUUUCUCCGAUGUGCCACUAAUCUAUAGGAGCGUUGUAUAAGGCAGAGUCGUUCACCCUAAUUCAAAUAACUAGCCACUAGCUCUGGAAGCUACAGUGAAUUACAUGAGGUUCAUCCCAAAUGCACUCUAUUCCCUAUGUACAGUAGUGUAAUAUACUUUCAACCAGGGCUCAUAAGGGCUCCACACCUUAGGGGCCUGAUUUGGUGUCACACUUUUGUCCCAGUCCAAGCUAACACACCUGAUUCCAAUAACCAACUAAUCGUGCUCUUCAGUUUAGAAUGCAAUUAGUUUAAAUCAGCUGUGUUUACUAGGGAUGGGGGAGAAAGUGUGACACCAAUCAGGCCUCCGAGGCCUGGAAUAGGGUGACAUUUGGGAUGCAGUCUUGAUCUCAAUUGCCUAAAAAUCCUCUUCUUGUUUCUUCAUCUGCACUGAUUGCCGUGUCAAGUGAAAACAAAAUGGUGGAAGCUCAUCAUUAGCCUGUCUUUCACCUGACCAGUUAUUUUCACUCAGUGCAGUGGCGGGAGAAGAGGACAGAGUUGUUAGACAAUUGAGUAAGCUCGCCUGUAUGUAUCCACUCGCAGUAGUGUACCAUUUAUUUCUUCAGGCAUUCAUGCAAGUCGUCGAGCUCAGGCGACAAUGCACCCCGACCCAAACCAUGCAUCCACCCCAGGGAGGCAUCUCAAGUCUAAUGUGGACUCCUUCUGACAGAAGACAACAGUUGGAAGCUUGAUCGAUCCUCUGGUAGGCUUUGACUUGUCCUUUGUUUGUACGUCAUUGUAGAUCAAGGAAAGGAAAUGAGAGGAAAGCCAUUUUAGACUAUUGAGAUGCAGCCCGUGUGCCAGAGAGGAAAGGCUGCAGGGCGAAUGCUUUUGCUUCCCCGGGCAGGUUUUUUUUUUUUUUUUAAAUGGAGAGAUGUUUAGUAAAGUUGAGCACCGAGUUCUGUUCUAAGUUACGUGCUGCUUUGUUUUAGUAGUGCUAGCCUGACACACACACACACACACUACAGUCGUGGUUUCUCAUCUCCAUGUUCUCUUCCAAUACUGAAUAUUGUACUGCCAUGGUGGCUGUGAAAAGACUAGCAGGGGUUGAAAGACUUGCCCCUCCGAUUGAAAAGGUGUUUUUAAAGCCGCUGCCACAAUAGAGGAAAACACAAUGCACUUGUUUAUUUAGGUAUGUGGUCCAAAUGGCACCCUUUUUCCUGUAUAGUGAACUAUUGUACUUUAGACGAGGGCCCAUAGGGCUCCGAAAAUGAAACUGAAAAUGGUGCACUAUAUAGGGAGUAUGGUGCCAUUCGGGUUGCAACUUUAGGGGGUUUUCAGUUCCUGACAAUCUAGUCUUCUUUAAGACAUUAAAAACUGUACAUAAUGUUGUUUAUAAUAUAAAAAGAUUACUGCAUUUGGUGUUAUAAAAUUAAAAGGUCAUAAGUAUAAGGAUCUUCAUGAUGAAAAAAAUGAGUAUUUUAAGAAAAAUGAGUAAAUUAAGAGUCUACAGGUGUCGAUUCUGAAACAUUUUCUCUCCAAAGUCUAAAGGAAAGAUGCAGCUAUAUUAUGUAUAAACGGUAGUGUUGAAAUUUGCGGUUGUGUACUAUAGAUACUUUAUAUUCAAUGUUCAUGAUCAAUGUGCUAUAGAGAUGGACAUUAUUUAAGAAAGAGGAUAAAGAUUAUCUGAGCUAUUUAUUUCUAUAAAAAGAGAGGUCUAUAAUGUUGGCAUGUUUGUGUUCAUGCAUCAAUCAUCACGUUGCCUUUGACAUAUUCUGCUGUAGUGGCUGUAGUUAUAACUUUAAUGUUUAAACAGAUUUUAAGAUUGCUUGCAAAGGUUUAUGCUGUGUUUUAUUUUUAAUACGUCUGUUGCACUAAGUGGGGAAAAAACAAUAAUACUGAUAUGUAAUAUUAGUGCUGUCUUUUAGUGUUUAAAACGCUUUCUCAGUAUUUUACAUAUUAUGAUGCACUUUUAGAGUUCCAUGGUGGUUCUUUAGGAUUAAGAAAUCACACUUUUCAGUCUGUCAACAUUGUCAUGCUGUUUCCAUGGUUUCCUCUGUCGUGCGAGCGAUAGGUCGGUUGCUCUCCUACAUAGUCAUGUGAUGAAGAUUGGUUUAAACUGAAUGGUGGCCAAUGAGGGGCAAGAAGGUCGAUGACUUCAUGACCAGUAGCCAAUGGCAACGGAGAGUUUAACAUGUCACACAAUGCAGACCCUAUUUUAUCGCCUAUAUCUGUCAUAUCUCGCUCUCAUUGGCUGUUGAAGUUUAAGGUUGAACCAUGGCCAACCUGGUUCAACUGGAUUUCAAGUGGUUUUGAGGUUCAUUUUACACCAACAUGACCUUAUGCUCACAAUCAUGAUCAUUACCAGGUAAUGGCAAGAAUACAGUGCCUUGCAAAAGUAUUCACCCCCCCCUUGGCGGUUUUUGCCUAUUUUGUUGCCUGUAAUUUAAAUGAAUUUUUAUUUGGAUUUCAUGUAAUGGAUAUACACAAAAUAGUCCAAAUUGGUGAAGUGAAAUGAAAAAAAUAACUGUUUCAAAAACAGAAAAGUGGUGUGUGGAUAUGUAUUCACCCCUUCUGCUAUGAAGCCCCUAAAUAAGAUCUGCUGCAACCAAUUACCUUCAGAAGUUACAUAAUUCAUUAAAGUCCACCUGUGUGCAAUCUAAGUGUCACCUAAUCUCACACCUGUUCUGAAAGGCCCCAGAGUCUGUAACACCACUAAGCAAGUGGCACCAUGAAGACCAAGGGGCUCUCCAGACAGGUCAGAGACAAAGUUCAGGGUUGGGUUAUAAAUAAAUAUCUGAAACUUUGAACAUCCCACAGAUGACAAUUAAAUCCAUUAUUAAAAAAUUGAAAGAAUGUGGCACCGCAACAAACUUGCCAAGAGAGGGCCGCAAACCCAAACUCACAGACCAGGCAAGGAGGGCAUUAAUCAGAGAGGCAACAAAGAGACCAAGGAUAACCCUGAAGGAGCUGCAAAGCUCCACAGCAGAGACUGGAGUAUCUGACCACUUUAAGCCGUACACUCCACAGAGCUGGGCUUUACGGAAGAGUGGCCAGAAAAAAAGCCGUUGCUUCAAGAAAAAAGUAAGCAAACAUGUUUGGUGUUCGCCAAAAGCCAUGUGGGAGAAUUAUUAUUAUACCCCAAUUAUAUGGAAGGUAUUCUGGUCAGAUGAGACUAAAAUUGAGAUUUUUGGCCAUUAAGGAAAACGCUAUGUCUGGCACAAACCCAACACCUCUUAUCACCCCAUAACAUGGUAUAAAAUGAUACAACCCCCCCCCAAAAAAAAAAAAAUAUAUUUAAAUUCCAAGCUGUAAGGCAACAAAAUAGGGAAAAUGCCAAGGGGGGGGGGGGUGAAUACUUUCGCAAGGCACUGUAACUAAGUUUGUGUACUCUGUGUUGGUUUGCUUUAAAGCUUCUUACCCAGAUUCAUUGUGUGACAGAAGUCCUGCUGAAAUUGUUUUAGAACAUGCCCUGAAAACAGAAACGAAUGAGAGAAUGAGAUUAAGAGUUGAAGAGAAGUCAUUCUGACAAAAACAUACUGCAUGUCAGGGUUCCCCAACUGGCAGCCCCGGGCAGAGAUUUUAUUAGCCUUUUAUUUGUUCUCUGAGUAACAAAAAAAAUACACUUUUUGACAAUUAUUUUUUUAAGUGGUUGGACAUAACUGUAAAAACAACAGCAAAUCAGCUCCAAUUGAUUUAUUUUGGAAAUCUGUUCCUAAGUAUUCCCACACAUAAUAGAGAGAGAUAUGUAAGUAAGGUUUGAAAUUGUUUUAGUCAAAUAUACAGAACCAGUCAAAAGUUUGGACACAUACUCAUUCAAUGGGUUUUCUUUAUUUUGUACUAUUUUCUACAUUGUAGAAUAAUAGUGAAGACGUCAAAACUAUGAAAUAACACAUAUGGAAUCAUGUAGUAACCAAAAAUGUGUGAAACAAAUCAAAAUAUAUCUUAGUUUCUAGUAGUCACCCGUUGCACACUCUUGGCAUUCUCUCAACCAGCUUCACCUGGAAUGUUUUUCAGUUUUGAAGGAGUUCCCACAUAUGCUGAGCACUUGUUGGCUGCUUUUCCUUCACUCUGCAGUCCAACUCAUCCCAAACCAUCUCAAUUGGGUUGAGGUCGGGUGAUUGUGGAGGCCAGAUCAUCUGAUGCAGCACAUUUUUGGUUACUACAUGAUCCCAUAUGUGUUAUUUCAUAGUUUGUCUUCAAUAUUAUUCUACAAUGUAGAAAAUAGUAAAAACAAAAAAAAAAAAACUCUUAAAAUGAGUAGGUGUGUCCAAACUUUUGACUGGUAUUGUAUCUGCUGGGCUUCUUGCGGUAAAUUCUUAGUCUACAAAUGAUUUGUAGAUAUGUUCUGUCCCCCUGACCAUCCGCUCAAAAAAGAAAUCCGCCCGCGGCUGUUUUUAGUUGAUGGUCCCUGCUGCAUGUUCUACUAGGACCUUAUAACCUUAGCUAAGAUUCAGUGUGUCUGUUGUUAAAGGGAUAGUUCCCCCAAAUUACACCAUUUUCCUUACCCUAUACGCAGUCUAUUGACCAAGUCCAUGCUUUGGUUUUGUUUGCUGCUUAUAAAAGGUAAGGAAACCAAUAUAACAGUUUAUAAUUUGGUGAACUUUCCAUUUAAUGUUUUUAUGACUUGUUUUGGUAACAUAGUUUUCCUGAAUAUCAAAUAAUUUCAUGAUUCCCAUGAUCAAGAUUCCUUGUCGCUAUUUUAUUUGAUUCAUUUAAUUGUAAUAAGUUGGUACAUGAUUUAAUUAUUUGUUAUUCUAUAGAACCCUGGCUAUUGUUUUCUGUUGAUUAGAUUUUAUUUUUUUAAGUAUCUUAAUUUCUCUUUUCAAAGCCAAAUUCUGAUUCAUGGAAUAAGGUUGUUUGGGAUAUGGGCAAUUUAUAUUUUUGUUUGUAAAACAAACUAUUCUACUGUGUCAGGCAUUUGAAACCUCGAUUUUUCCUAAGACCAGCUUUGUGCCAAGAUUUUAUGCUCCAUCUACGGUAUGUCUCUUUCGUCCCAAAUUGCACCCUAUCCCCUAUAUAGUGCACUGCUUUUGACCAGAAUCCUAUGGGCCCUGAUCAAAAGUAGUGCGCUAUUCAGGGAAUAGGGUGCCAUUUUAUACCUGUAUCAAUUCUUGUGUAAUUAAUUAGCCUGGAUCCAGAUCUGUUGGUACAUUUUGCCAAUCCCUAUGGUCAUUGACAUGGCAAGAUGGCACAAAAAGAUCCAGGACCCAGGCUAGCUUAUUUUUACCUCUUCUGCACAUAUUCCCUGUAUGGAUGAUUGCAUUCUCUGCUCAUUUGUCUGAGUUGUAUUCGAACUCAUUACCUCAACACUUAUCUGGGCAACUAAGUGUGCACAUUCUUUAAUGAUUAUUUUGGACAGUCAUUGAUAUUAUGCUCAUUUUAAUGUACUGUAUCGAAUAUAGGUAUAUGACCAGGUUUAUUCAAAAACCCAAACAAUCAUUCCCACAACAAUGUUAUGCCGUUCAUCAUCCUAAGACCAUUGCAAUAAAUGGAAAGGUGUUAUUUUCCCAUUCAUCGUCAACAUCAUCAAGUUCUUUUCAUCAAUAAAAUGAUUUAAAUACA